AGGUCAAACAGAUCCGAGAAAUAAAACUGAUGCACCAUCGGGCACUCAGCAUUCUCAAAAUCCUUUGCAUGGAAGUCACAAAGUUAAAUCUCUUAGAUGUUGAAAGGAUAUUCCAGUUGGCGCUGCACAAAGCAACAUAUGUGGGGAUCCCUGAGAUUGUUGAGGAGAUCAUAGUCUCUUACCCAUCGGUUCUGUCUUUCCAACACAACGACAUAAGCAUAUUCCAAUAUGCAAUCGUUUGGCGACGCGAACAUGUGUUCAACCUCUUGUAUCAACUCGAUGCGGGCUCGAAGUUUAUUUCAAGACGGGACCAUUCGGGAAACAACGGUCUGCAUUUGGCUGCGCAUUUGGGACACGAGCAGAAAAUCAGUCUCAGAGCUAGUGCCGCUGGAGCAGUUCUACAAGUGCAGCGAGAAUUGCAAUGGUUUAAGGUAGUGGAAAAUUUUUCGUCCCCUGGAGACAAAGAGAAAAGGAAUAAUGAUGGAUUGACACCAGCAGAAGUAUUUACUGAAACUCACCAAGAAUUGAUAAAGGAAGGGGAGCAGUGGAUGCAACAAACGGCCACAUCAUGCACCAUAGUUGCUGCUCUUAUCGCCGCCAUGGUUUUUGCAGCUGCGAUAACCGUACCGGGUGGAAAUGACAACAAAAAUGGUCACCCAAUAUUUUUGAAACAAAAAGCCUUCUUAAUCUUUGGCAUAUCUGAUGCGCUUGCCCUAUUCUCAUCCAUCACUUCUGUGUUGAUGUUCUUGCUUAUCUUGACUUCUCGGUAUGGAGAGGAAGAUUUCCUCUAUACCUUACCCAAAAGGUUAGUUAUCGGUCUCAUAACCCUAUUUGUAUCCAUUUUAUCCUCCAUGGUAGCCUUUGGUGCCAUCCUUUAUCUUGUGUUUGGAGACAAUAAGACAUUGAUUCUCAUCCCGGUCGUCACAUUGGCUAGCAUUCCUGUAGCCUUGUUCGAAGCUUUGCAGUUUCCUCUUCUUGUAGAGAUGAUUCAAUCCACAUACGGCCGAGGCAAUUUCGGCAAGCAAAGUGAUCGUGUGCUCCAUUGAUUAAGCAUCAACAUUGGGGACUCUAAACAUAUUAGCGUAAUUAAUUAGUAUGUUUAUUCAAUGGUAUUUCACCUUGGACAAAUUGCUGGUUUAUUUUGUGUACGUCUUUUGAGGAUGAAUAUUCUCUUGCUUAGUACUAGUAAUUAAAAGGUGCGAGUGCUAAGCACGUCGAUUCAUGCA